CCGCCGAGACUUCCUGCUGGAGUUCCAUUCUCAGUCGCUCCUUGCAAAGGAGAAGGAAAGAUGUCGGGUGCAGGGGGAGGUAAGCGUCCCCAAGGAGGGGACAGCCCCCCUGGCCCACCUGAGAAGAAGAGCAAAAAAGAGGAGAAGACCACCACCACACUCAUUGAACCGAUACGAAUAGCUGGAGUCUCCUCGACGGAGGAAAUGGACAUGAAGGUGCUCCAGUUCAAGAACAAGAAGCUGUGCGAGCGCCUGGAGCAGAGGCAGGCGAUGGAAGAUGAGCUGCGAGAGAAAAUCGAAAAGCUGGAGAAGAGACAAGCAACCGAUGACACCACCCUGCUGAUUGUCAAUCGCUACUGGUCACAGCUGGAAGAGAAUGUGCGCGUUCUCCGUAAGCGCAUCGAACCCGAGGCCCCGACCACACCCACCCCUGCCCCGCCCUCAGCGCCGCUCCCCGACCCCACACCCAUGGAGGAGGACGGUGUCGACCUGGCUCCUCCAUCGUCCGCCGUGCCUCCUCCUCCUCUGCCUGAGGCUCAGAGUGACGGUGAGCAGAUGGAGCAGCAGAAACAGGAAGGCGAGGAGCAGCAGCAGCGUCAGGAGGAGCAGCAAGAGGAGCAGCAGCAGCCUCCCCCUCCCACCGGGCCGGAGGAGGCAGCGACACCAGCAGAGCCACCCGCAGAUUUUAAAACAGAUGCAACAUCGCCUCCUCCUCCGCUGAGUGAAAAAGCCAAGGAUUUCCUGACCACACUGGAGCAGAGCAGCGAGGAGGAACUCACCCUGCAGCUCCAAGACCGCAUGCAGUUCAGCAAAGGAGCCAUCGGCUGCCUGGUGUGUGUCUUCGACCGGCUGCACAGCCGCAUCAAUGACAUGUGCAAGCUGGUCCAGGAUACAGCGUGUGAGAACGACAGCCAGUCUGAAAUCAGCAGCAUGAACCACACCCUGCUGGAGGAGAACAGUCGGCUGCGGGACCUCACCACCGUCCUGCAGGGUCGGCACCACAAGAUGUCCAUGGAGUACAACGAGUUGGUGGACAAGGUGACCAGUUCCGAGACCAAAGUGUCUGAGAUGGAGACGACGGUGGAGGACCUGCAGUGGGACAUCGAGAAACUCCGCAACAGAGAGCAGAAGCUCAACAAACACCUGGCGGAGGCCAUGGAGCAGCUGAAGUCUGGAUACAGCAGCACCGGCAGCUCAGGCGGGCUUCCCGGAGGCCAGAUUACACUCAACAUCCAGAAGUUUGAGAGUCUGAACGCGGAGCUGGAGCACAACCAGGAGCUGGCGAACAGCCGCAUGGCCGAGCUGGAGAAGCUGCAGGUGGAGCUCCAGGAGGCCGUGCGGGAGAGCGAGAAGCUCAAAAUGGACCUGCGCAAUAUUCCAGAAGAGGUCGUGAAGGAAACGCUGGAGUACAAAUGUCUCCAGUCUCAGUUCUCGCUGCUGUACAACGAGUCUCUCGGGGUUAAAACUCAGCUGGACGAGGCCCGGGCUCUGCUGCUCACCGCGAAGAACGCUCACCUCCGGCAGAUUGAGCACAUGGAGAGCGACGAGCUGUCGCUCCAGAAGAAGCUCCGGACCGAAGUCAUCCAGCUGGAGGACACGCUGGCUCAGGUCCGCAAGGAGUACGAAAUGCUGCGCAUCGAGUUCGAGCAGAACCUGGCGGCCAACGAGCAAGCAGGGCCAAUCAACAGGGAGAUGAGGCACUUAAUCAGCAGCCUGCAGAACCACAACCUGCAGCUGAAAGGUGACGUGCAGCGCUACAAGAGGAAGCUGCGGGAGACGCAGAUGGAGAUCAAUAAGCUACGCAGUCAGAGCGGCGACUCGCUGGUUCUGAUCCUGGAGGAGACGACGAGCGACGGCAUCGACGUGAAGAAAGAGGAGGACGAAGACCAGGAGGAGGAGGAGGAGCGGAGGAAGGAGCUGGAGAGGCAGCGAGCCCGGGAGAGAGAGAGGGAGCGGGAGGCCGAGCGAGAGCGGGAGAGGGAGCGCGAGAGAGAGAGGCAGCGCAGCGACGAGCUGAAGAGGAAGGACUCCGACACGCUGAAGAUGCUCAGAGUGGAAUUAAAGAAAGCGCAGGAGUCUCAGAAAGAGAUGAAGCUCCUUCUGGACAUGUACAAGUCGGCACCGAAGGAGCAGAGAGACAAAGUGCAGCUGAUGGCGGCUGAGCGCAAGUCAAAAGCUGAGGUGGACGAGCUGAGGAUGCGCGUGCGAGACCUGGAGGAGAGGGAGAGGAAGGAGAGCAAGAAGCUGGCGGACGAAGACGCCCUGAGGAAGAUCCGCGUGGCGGAAGAGACCAUCGAGCAUCUGCAGAAGAAGCUGGCCGCCACCAAGCAGGAGGAGGAGGCCCUGCUGAGCGAGAUGGACGUUACCGGGCAGGCCUUCGAAGACAUGCAGGAGCAGAACAGCCGGCUGCUGCAGCAGCUCCGCGAGAAGGACGACGCCAACUUCAAGCUCAUGAGCGAGCGCAUCAAGUCCAACCAGAUCUACAAGCUGCUGAAGGAGGAGAAGGAGGAGCUGGCCGACCAGGUCCUCACCUUCAAGACCCAGGUGAGGCUCCGGCGCGGCGGCUGUCGGCACGCCGGCGGCGGCGGCGGGCGAGCGGCUCCUCACUGCCGCGGCCUCUUCCAGGUGGACGCCCAGCUGCUGGUGGUGCAGAAGCUGGAGGAGAAGGAGGGAGUGCUGCAGAGCACGCUGGCCGCUCUGGAGAAGGAGCUGGCCGUCCGGACGCAAGCACUGGAACUCAACAAGAGGAAGGCGGUGGAGGCGGCGCAGCUGGCGGAGGACCUGAAGGUGCAGCUGGAGCACACGCAGGCCAAGCUGAAGGAGAUCCAGGUGUCUGUGGCCGAGAACCGCACCGCCCGGGAGAGAGAGAGCAGCAACCUGAAGAGAGCCCAGGAGGAUCUGUCCCGGCUGAGGCGGAAGCUGGAGAAGCAGAAGAAGGUGGAGGUGUACUCGGACGCAGACGAGAUCCUGCAGGAGGAGAUCAAUCAGUACAAGGCCAAGCUGCGCUGCCCCUGCUGCAACACCCGGGACAAGGAGACGGUGCUCACCAAGUGUUUCCACGUCUUCUGCUACGAGUGCCUGAAGAUGCGCUACGACACGCGGCAGAGGAAGUGCCCCAAGUGCAACUGUGCCUUCGGCGCCAACGACUUCCACCGCAUCUACAUCACCUAGAGGGCGGCCAAAGGAGAGAGCGAGGGGCUGGAGGUGGACUCUGAGAAGCGAGACGUUCCGGGGGAAUCACAGGAGCGUCCCUCCCAGUCCGGAACUCUUCCAGAAGACUGGUUUUCCCGCGCCGGCGCCGCUCGGCGGUUGUUUCAGUGACCAAACAGAUAGUGACACAUCUGACUGAGAGUGUUGUGCUGUAGUUAAUAAAACUUUUCUUUGUGCACACAGUGAUAUUCUUACAUGUCGAGCUGCUCUGCACUGUCUUUCUUUUUUUUUUUUUUUUUCUUGUUUUGAAUUGUUUGCUCGUCUAGUUCAUGUCAAAGAUCUUCUCUUCCAACAAACUGGACCCGGUUUUAAACUUGUUUUUUUUGUAAUAGAGUGAAAACAACUUGGAUCUGCACAGUGAGGUGUGGCUGAUCAUCUUGGAGUGUUUAUUGUAACUGUUUUGUCCUGCUGGUUU